AUGGACGGGGACAGGGUGGAGAUAGAUGGCGGGGUCAUGGAAGGGGGUGGCCAGAUCUUGCGAGUCUCCACGGCCUUGAGCUGCCUGCUGGGGCUUCCCCUGCGAGUGCGGAGGAUCCGAGCUGGGAGGAGCCAGCCUGGCCUUAGGCCUCAACAUCUGUCUGGACUAGAGAUGAUUCGAGAUUUAUGUGAUGGGCAGCUGGAUGGGGGAGAAAUCGGUUCAACAGAAAUAACCUUCACUCCUGGGAAGAUCAAAGGUGGAACCCACAUAGCGGAUACCAAAACAGCAGGGAGCGUGUGCCUCCUGAUGCAGGUAGCAAUGCCGUGUGUGCUGUUUGCUGCUUCCCCUUCAGAACUUCGUUUAAAAGGUGGGACUAAUGCUGAGAUGGCUCCACAGAUAGACUACACAGUGUUGGUCUUUAAACCAAUAAUUGAAAAGUUCAAUUUGACCUUUGACUGUGACAUAAAAAGGAGGGGCUACUACCCCCAAGGUGGUGGUGAAGUGAUAGUCCGAAUGUCACCAGUCAAACAGUUAAGCCCAAUAAACUUAACUGAACGUGGCACUGUGACCAAGAUACAUGGAAGAGCAUUUGUUGCUGGAGCCUUGCCCAUUAAACUAGCAAAAGACAUGGCAUCAGCAGCAGUGAGAUGCAUCAGAAAAGAAAUCAGGGAUCUUUACGUUAAUAUUCAGCCUGUUCGAGAACCUGAUAAUCAAGCCUUUGGAACUGGAAGUGGAAUAAUUAUUGUUGCAGAAACUUCAACAGGUUGUCUGUUUGCUGGAUCAUCACUUGGUAAAAGAGGUAAGAAUUCUGACAGGGUUGGAAUUGAAGCUGCAGAGAUGCUGCUUGGAAAUCUUAGGCAUGGGGGAGCAGUGGAUGACUAUCUGCAAGACCAGCUGAUCAUUUUCAUGGCAUUAGCAAAUGGGGUAUCUAGAGUGAAAAGUGGACCAAUUACACUUCAUACUCAAACAGCUAUACAUUUUGCAGAACAGCUAACAAAGGCUAAAUUUACUGUGACAAAAUCAGAAGAUGAAGAUUCCACUAAAGAUACCUACUUUAUUGAGUGCCAAGGAAUGGGGUUGAUAAACUCAAGCUUGUAGUUUUUCUUUAAAGAAAAAACAUACCUCUGAUGUAUUGCACUACAUUUCAGUUGACAUGCUACCCAGUGGGGAACAGGAGUUACUUUAUCAUAAAUAAUUGGUUUGAUUUAAAUUCAGAG